AUGAGUUACUUUCUAUCUUACUGUAAAGCUCACGGCGGUGCACUGCUCACCGGCUACCAGGCCCUGCGCGCGGAGGGCUUCCUGUGCGAUGUGACGCUGGAGGCCGAGGGCAGCGAGUUCCCGGCCCAUAGGUCGCUUCUCGCGUGUUCCAGCGACUACUUCAGGGCCCUGUUCAAGAGCCACACCCGGGAAUCCAGGGCGCGCGUGAUCCACCUGCACGUGCCGUCGGCGGCCGGCCUGCAGCGCCUGCUGGACUUCAUCUACACCGCCUGGCUGCCGCUCUCCAUGGACACGGUGGAGGACACGCUCGAGGCCGCCAGCUAUCUGCAAGUCACCGAAGCACUGGGACUGUGCGGUCGCUACCUGGAGCGCCAGCUGGCUCCAGAGAACUCUUGCUUCGCCGCCAACGUGGCGGCGCGCUUCGGCCUGGCGCACACGUUAGGCGAAGCCGAGCGCUGCAUCGUGCGCCACCUGCGGGAGCUGCUGGAGCGGGGCGCGGGCCCCGCGGGGCUGCUGGAGCUGAACCCCACGUCGCUGAAGGCUGUGUUGGGUGCCCCCGACGUGGCGCGGGUGCCUGAGACCUGGCUGCUGGGUCUGGCGUUGGCCUGGCUGCGGCAGGAGCCUGAGGCCGAACGCCUGGCCCACUGCACCUCGCUGCUUGAGCGCGUUCGCUUCGGCCUAGUACCUGCAGACGUGCUGCGGCGCGUGUACUCGGGCUCUGGCCUCGUGCUGCCCGCCCGGGUUAAGGGCCUCAUUAUCCAGGCCCUCAACUACCACACUGCGCCCUCCCGCCAGCCUCUCGUGCAGGGCGAACAGACCAGCGUCCGGAGCCCCCAAACUCGCAUCUUGUUGGUCGGAGGGCGCAGGGCGCGGGAGGCGGUGACCGAGGAGGUCGCGGCCCCACCGCCAGUAGCCAGGGGCAGGGGCGCCAUGGCGGAGCCCGAGGAGGAGGAGGGGGAGGAGGAGGAAGGUGAGUUGGAAGAGGAGGAGGAGGAUUGGGAGCUCACCCAAGACGUGGUGGCUUUCGACGUGUACAACCACCGCUGGCGCAGUCUCACGCGGCUGCCUGCACCGCUACUGGGGCACAGCGUGUGCACCGCAGGCAAUUUCCUGUUCGUCCUGGGCGGGGAGAGCCCUUCGGACGGCGCUUCCUCACCCCUGGCAGGCGGACAGCGGGCCGUCACGGCCCAAGUGCACCGUUAUGACCCGCGCUUUCACGCUUGGACGGCGGUGCCCGCUAUGCGAGAAGCGCGUGCCCACUUCUGGUGCGGCGCGGUGGGCGAGGCGCUCCUGGCCGUCGGGGGUCUGGGCGCCGACGGCGAGGCGCUGGCGUCGGUAGAGAUGUACGACCUGCGCCGGGACCGCUGGACGGCUGUCGGGGCGCUGCCGCGGGCGUUGUAUGGCCACGCGGGGGCCAUCGGGGACCGCGGCAUCGUGUACAUCUCUGGGGGUAAGGCGGGGAGAGGCGAGGGCAGCUCGAGCAGCCUCCGGGACAUGUACACCUUGGGCCCUGGGGAGCGAGCGUGGAGCAAGAGGGCGCCCAUGAGCACUGCCCGCUUCGGGCACCACAUGGCUGUGCUGCGAGGCGCGGUGUUCGCCUUUCUGGGGCGCUAUGAGCCCUUCUCUGAGAUCGAACGCUACGAGCCCGGCACGGACCAGUGGACUCGACUGCGGCCGCUACCUUAUGAUCGCUUCUGCUAUGGGCUGGCCGUUGUGGAGGAGACGGCGCUGCUGCUGGGCGGCCUCAAGUGGCGGGAUUCGCGGCAGGUGUCUACCCGCAACGUGGUGGGCUACGACCUCGACCUGGACCGCUGGGAGGACAUUGGCUGCGCGUUACCCUGGGCCUGGAACGGCCUCCAGUGUGCAGUGCUGCAGCUGGCUGAGGGUGGGGAUGAGGAGAGGGAGGGAGGGUUCGGAGAAACGCCAGAUUUAAUGCUGGGCUUAAUGGGUUAAUACAGUCUCCGGGCGACAGGGGAGAAAAAGUCGCGCUUGAGCAGGUUUACAGAGUAAUACGUGGGCUUUUCCUAAGAAUGGGACUCUGGGAGCAGGGCGGCUUCUGAAGUUUAAAUAUGCAAACAAGGGCUUGGCCCAACAGGAACAUUUCCCCUUAAGCUGAGAAUGGGAGACAGGAUGAGUCAAAACAGAAGGAUAUAUGUAUCUGCUUCAGUGAGCUGGAAGUCUAGGAAGACUCACGCUGGACUAGAGAUGGACUUUUGCAAAGAAGAUAUGACCCUGUUUUCCCUCUUAAAGUGUUUCCUUAGGUGCUAGACUGAUUACUUGUGCCAAACAAGGCCAAAAAUGUACAAGAAAUUAUAUACAAAACCCAGAAAAUUGUUAGCUAUAAAAGCUGUAAUAAAUAGUCCGAAAAUAUGGCAUUAUCUGAAUAAAUAGUGAAGGGAAAGUGCCUUCAUUAAAUAGCAUGAAAUCACUGUAAGGAGAGCUAUGAUUUUAUGAUCCAGAACCAUGUUUGUAGUUCUGUUGGUUUAAUAUAAAUGUAGAACUGAGAGAGAAAAAAAAAUCUCUAGGAAAGCACUUGUUUUUGGAAAAAGUAUACUAGGUUAAGUUUUUGUGUCCCUCAUCCUUAAUUCCUAGCCUGCUUUUGCCUUGGCUUUAGGCCAUUCAUUGGUUUUAUUUCAGCAGUCCUUAGCCAUAAUAAUCAGGCUCUUUUGGUUAAGCAGCACAUCUAGCAAAACCCAAACCUGUUUCUUUCAUCUUUAAAUAUUCAUUCUGCAGACAUGCCAUAGGUUAUAUUUGUAAAAAAAAAAAAAAA